GUUCAGAGAGCAAAAACGUUUUUAGAGAAGUAAUUAGUAUUCUUUUCUUUGAGAACAAGAAACAAGUGAAAGAAAAAAUUGAUAUUUUCCCAGUUUCUUUAUUCACAAAAAAUAAGAACCAAAUUGGUAAAAAUAAUCAAAUCCUUUUUAGGUUUUGAAGCUUCAACAAAGCCAGCCUCCUACUUUCUUCUGCACUUCAAUAUUGUUGCAUUAACACUUCCCAGAAUCACAGACGAGAAAGAAUCAAAGAAUUCAGCCAUGGGAGUUGAAUACUUAGAGACACUCAGAAACUCGCAUCCAGAACUUUCCGAUCGCUUCAAUUCUCUUGCAGAUCUGUACCAGAAGAAACUUUGGCAUCAACUUACUGAAAAGCUUGAAGAAUUUCUUGCUCUUGCCGCAUUUCAGGCAGGUGAUGCCCUGAUACAGUUAUAUCACAAUUUUAUCACUGACUUUGAGACAAAGAUAAAUCUUCUUAAGCUUGCUCAUUUUGCGGUCAUAGUAUCUCGACAGUAUGUGGAAAAAGAAGCAGCAAUUGGUUAUCUUGAGGAGGUGAUUGAAAAACUUCGUGCUACACGGGAGAGUCGUAUAGAGGAGCCUGUUCUCUACAUAAAGAUGCAGAUUGCUUUGUUGAAGCUUGAGCAAGGGGAAGAAAAAGAUUGCAAGAAGCUUUUGGAAGAUGGGAAAAUUACACUUGACAGUAUGACUGAUAUUGAUCCUUCAGUGCAUGCUAGUUUUUACUGGGUCUCAUCUCAGUAUCAUAAAGCACGUCAGGAAUUUGCGGAGUUCUACAAGAAUGCUCUCCUCUAUCUUGCUUAUACUUCAGUGGAGACUCUUUCUGAUUCAUUCAAGCUGGAUUUGGCUUUUGAUCUUUCAUUAUCUGCAUUGUUGGGAGACAAUAUCUACAACUUUGGCGAGCUACUUGCACAUCCAAUUUUAAAGUCUCUUAUUGGGACAAAGGUAGAGUGGCUUUACUAUAUACUGCAAGCAUUUAACACUGGUGACUUGAUUCGGUAUCAAGAACUAUGCAAUGUGCACAAAGAUGCUCUCAAUGCACAACCAGCAUUAGUUGCUAAUGAAAGAAAACUGUUGGAGAAGAUAAAUAUUCUAUGUUUGAUGGAAAUCAUAUUCAGCCGGCCUGCAGAAGACCGAACAAUUCCGUUGAAUGUCAUUGCGGAGCGCACUAGGCUUACUAUAGAAGAUGUUGAGUAUCUCCUCAUGAAGAGCCUUUCUGUUCAUCUUAUUGAGGGAAUCAUUGAUCAGGUUGAGGGCACAGUUCAUGUAUCAUGGGUGCAACCUAGAGUUUUGGGGAUUCCGCAAAUCAAAUCCUUGCGUGAUCGUCUGGACAACUGGGUUGGAAAAGUACACACUGCCUUAUUGUCUGUCGAAGCCGAGACUCCAGACCUAGUUGCUUCAUAAGAUUAUAGGUUCUUUCAGUUCGGGUCAUGUAUUAGAUUUGUAGUUUUCGAAUGGAAGGGAAAGGAUGCUGUAUUUUUAGAGAGGUUAUCUGUGUCUCACAUAAAUCUUCUACUAUGUAUGCAUCUUUUCAAAUAUUUUGUUCAUCGGUCUUAAUUCAUUUUACUUGCUUUCAGCGAAUCAUUUUCAUGUACUUCAAUUGAGGAUGAAAUACAUUUAAACUGCUUUCAUAGUUUCGAAUUAUAUGUAUUUGAGGCUUCCAACUUUUAGUGAACAAAUUGUUGGAUAAUUCAAUGUAGAUGGCUUUUCUACUGCAACAAGUACAAUUCUUGUUC